AUGCGGAGAACGAUUGCCGUGUUAUCUGCAAUAGGCUUUAUACUCACAGCAGGGAGUACAACAACAGAUUUUAGAAGGGUACAGUUUGAUAAACAGGUAAAUGCGAUAAAACAUAAGAAUGGAAGUGAUUCUUCUUCUUCGGUGGCAAAUCUUAGCCACGUUAAGGCUAUAUUAGCCAAGUUGAUAUUAGCCAGUAUGCUUCACAAAAUGGGAUCGAACAAUAAGACCCUUCAUAAUAAUUCAACUGGAAGGAGAUUGAACACGGAAUUUCUACCUUAUAGGAAAUUAGUGAAUUUCAAUAGUCCUAAUCGAAUUUCUCCUUUUUGGAGUCUUAAACCAGAAGUCGCUCCCGUUGCUGCUAAUUAUCAGAUCGAAAGAUUUCCUUCUUUGAAUUUAGGAGGAGAACAGAUUCCAGUUUUGACUGCACCUUUUCAUCAGGAGGAUUUGAAUGGUUUACAAUUGUUAUUACUAGACGAAAUAGAACCUAACAAUAUACCACCCGACGUUCUGUCUGCGGAACAAAUGAAUAUCAGAGAAGAAGAGAAGAACCCUCCUGUUCAAUCGAUAAUCAAAACUUCAGCCGAUACGUCGAAUAAUCCUAGAUGUGAUAAAUUCACCGAAGAUAUAUGUUUAGACGAUUCAGAAUAUCCCAGAUCUGCCAUCAUGAAUACAAUUUACAGAGAAAGAAGUAAAUUCGAUCUUAUGUACGCGGAAAGUAAAGAAAGAGAAACUCAAGUCGAAGGACUGACCAGGAAGCAAGAGGAAUCAUACACGUUUGAACAUUAUUACGGUCCCGUGAGUUACGGUAUAACUAGAUCGGAACCGAUGGAUUACGGUGUUCGAGGUGGGUUUGUUUGCCCUUCAGAAAUCACAUACUCCAAACCGCAUCGAGCGAAGAAUACCGAAGGCAAAUGGAAGGUCAUCAUCAAUGUUGCGGAGUUCACGCAGAUGUUACGAUUGGAAAAAUGCCUUCGCCCGGGUGGGAAUUGCAACUACGUUUCCGAGCAAUUUCAAUCUAGUUGUUCUCAGAUUUACAGUUAUCAUAGAUUAAUGGUAUUUGAUAAGCAGAAGGGAUUACACGUCGACGUUUUUAAGAUGCCUACAGGAUGUUCCUGUUUCAUAAAAGGCUCUAAAUACGUUUUCCCCCAGUCUCAACCGGUCCUUUCUCAAGAAAGCAGACCCGUUAACGUUCCUAAAAAGGCUACUGGUAAAUUAACUGAUGCUCUAGCUUCAAUUUUCCAUAGCAAAAAACAAAAACCUCAUCCUCCCAAUCCUCAAGUCCUUAAUUAUAUUCAAAAGCAGUUAGCCUGGUUUCGAUAUCUAAAUCAGAAUCCUCAACUGAUGGAUAGUAUAUCGCCUUCCAACGUACUCCAACAACUGUUACAGGAAGAUCAUCAGGUACCUUCUAGACAACCCAGCAAGACUAAUAAUCAUCCGAACAGAUGGAUUGCGGCACACCAACCGAUACCGGGCCAGAAUAUGAUCCAACAUCUAAAUAAAAUCAAUAGGGAGAAGACUUACACCUCCGACUUGAUACCCGCCGACGACAAGACGUUUUCCGAGCCUCUAAACGUUAAAUCUGGGUUCAGACCCCUACGAAAACCCAUAGCAUCUGCCUCUCAAACUCAAACGUUGGCAACAGAUAGAGGUGAAUCGAUAGAAUCUCAAGAAAUCGUUGAUAAAUCUAAGGAAGCCAGGAUAAAUUUCUCCUAUCAUCCCAUCUUGGAAUAUUUAUCGUGA